AUGACUAACACAAGCCCUCCUCCAGAGGCUCAGCGCUUUGGUAGAUCCCAGACGCCUGAAAGCCCACGGCCUGUCCAUCUCCCCGAGCCAUCCACCAUCCCAGUUCUUCUAAAUCAAAUGGACCCGGUCUUUAAUGAUACUGAAACCUAUAACAUCCCACAUAACCAGACUUUUUCUCCUUAUUCCGAGUCUGCCCGCGCAGUGAUUGAUUCCACUUCUGAUGAACAAGACGCUGUUCAAAAUUUCUUGAGGGGUGCCGAACAAGAAAAUCCUCGUUUUGACCCGGUACCAAACGCAAACAGAGAGCCUGCACCCACCCAAAAUGAUUCACUCUUCCAGACCGUUGCCAAUGUUGCUGCAUACGCGGAAAAUUCAACUGCAAAUGCAAAUGCCGCUCCAUCCCAAGACCUAGCCAGUGGGCUUCAACAUUCGCCCGAGCCGGAGAAUCCCUCCUCCAACCUUGAUGUCCUACAAACCAUUACCGAAAGCAUCUCAGAUUCAGACUCAAAUGUAAAAUCCAACCCACAAGACUAUACCGGAAUUGAUUAUCAGUCUCUUCUCGACACCAUCUCUCAGUCCGCUUCUACUGCUCCUGCCGCAGACUCUGUCUCUGCCCCAACUACUGCAUCUGCCCAAGAACCGGCUACCCCUGUGUUACCUGCUGUGCCCGGCUUGCCUCCCAAGCCUCCUGCGCAAGAAAAUGGCCCAGAAAAUACCUUUCCUACCUAUUCUCACAAUGUUAAUGAUAGUCAAGCCAUCCAAAAUCUCUACCAGCCACCGGACGCACCACAUAUGCCCGUUUUUGACACACAACAAGCACCUGUCCCAAACUAUCUUGGUCAAGCACCAGGCUUGAACAUUGCCCAGGCGUCGCCAACUAUCUCUACCACUGGCUCGGGCUCGUUUCGACCCCCCGAGCCUGCGCGAUCCACUGAUUUGAUAGAGCGGAAAAUGUCACCCGAAACGCAAGCCAAGUAUGACCAAUUUCUUGAAGACGAACGACGCUAUGUAACCGAAGGCAUUUGGGACAAAUUUCCCUUAGGGUCCCGCCUCUUUGUCGGCAACCUACCUAGCGAAAAAGUGACCAAGCGUGAUUUAUUUUUCACGUUUCACAAGCAUGGCCGCUUGGCUCAGAUAUCAAUCAAGCAAGCUUAUGGGUUUGUACAGUACCUUGAAGCAUCGUCAUGCGCAGCCGCCUUGGCCUCCGAGCAGGGAGUCGAGAUCAGGGGAAGAAAAGUCCACCUGGAAGUAUCUAAGCCACAAAAGAACUCUCGAAAUUCAAAUAACCAGGGCAACAGAAGACGUCGAUCACGGUCGCCCGACCGCCGGGCGAGACAAAAUGACCGAUACGGUCGUGCCAGCUUGGACAGCUAUCGGGAUGACCGAAAGAGAAGUGAGGACUAUCGAGCUGCAAGGUCGCCGUCACCUAGACGCUAUCGGUCGGGGGAUGAUUAUAGACCGGCCGCCGAGAGUCCAAGGUUCGGCGUGGAAGCUAGACCAAGGUCGCCAUAUGGAACUAUUUAUCCUCCCCCUUUACCUGUGGCGUACGAUGAAGAAGCAUCCUUGCCCUUACCACGUCGCGAUCCACGCGACGUACCUGACGUCCAACUCCUCGUUCUUGAACCAUCAAUCGCCCAAAGUUUCAUAAACUGGAUUGAGCAGGGAUUUCGCUCCAGGGGUCUCAGAGCUUCAACCAUCUGGUUGAGCUCAAGGCUUCCCUUGAACGGUGUAGUCAAAAGACAGAUCAUUGAAGGCGUCCAAGCAAUUGUCAAGCUAACACAGUCAGCCCAGUACAAUAGCAAGAUUCCUCUACAAGUCUUCGACCGAACUGCAGCGGCGUCGAAUGUGAAUUUCAAUGAAUAUGUCGAUCUCGACGUUCCUGUGGCAGCAGAUAUUGUCUCUCACGCCCGACAGAAGGAGCGCGGAAUGGCACAAACAAGGGACAUCCCAUCUCAAGCUUACAACCAGGGUUCCGCGCAAUAUGGGCAUCAGCAGCCUACACCUUUUCCACAACAGCUGUCCUCCAGCUUUCCUCCACAACAUCAAGUUCCAUAUCAACCAUUCAAUCAACCGGGACAAUACGACAGCCGUACAAUGCCACAGAGUCCAGUUAACAUGACACCUAACUCAGCUGGAGCCCCGAAUCUUCAGCAACUACUGGCCAAUCUGCGACAGCCAGGAGACGGGCAGAAGAAUUUGUCCCCAAAUGACCGGUCUGCACCUGACCUCGCUGGUCUUCUCAGCAAUGCAGUCCGUCAUCAAAGUCAAGGGGGGCAGUUUAUACUACCGCCACCACCACAACAACAGGCACAUUAUGGGGGAGGAGCAGCCUUCGGGGUUGGUCCACAACAACAACCUCAGCAAAAUGUACAGAAUAUCAUGGAAACGCUGGCAAGGUAUAAUCGGUGA